ACCUGUCAUUGGUCAAAACAGCACACGUGACCGCGGGACUUUCCCGAAAUGCCAUUUUUCCGUGGUAGGUGUUUCGAAAGAGGGUACGAAAUGUGUUGACGACUGAUAUUGUUGACGGUUUCAAGGGCGUUUGAAAAACAGCAUGGUGUUGUGAAGAUGUAAAUAUGGACAUUUAGCAUACCAUGAUCGAGACUAGAGUUAAAAGUGCGAGUAAAAUGUCGGGAAAACGGAACAAAUCGGGUCAAAAAUCGCCUGGGCAUGUUGUCGCCAGCGCUGAAAACUUGGCCGAGAAGGAACGAGCGGACCGUAUUGCGGCCGCCGAAGCUAUGUCGUGUUUAUCUUCAGUUAUUCUUCUAUCUUCCGAUUUGGAGAAAGAUUUCAAUGCCGCUUCGCCACCUAAGGAAGCUUCGAAGGGCCAGAAGCGGACUCGAAAUUCUCAGAAAUCCCCUCAAGGGAAUAAAACUGGGACGGAAUCGAAACGGGGAAAGUCCCGCAGCGGGAGAGGCCGAGGGGCACGCUCCGCCAAUCAUCAACGAGGAGAUAGUUCAGUUAGACCUUCGGGAAGUCCCCAGGGUGUCAACAACAUGGUUGAAGGUGUAAAAAAUGCUGCUCACGAAGUGUCUCGUGUUGGGGGAAGGACAGACCUUGGAGUAGGGGUCAAGAGAAGCCUUGAGGGUAAGGCAAUGGAAAGGGUGAUGCCCCUCAGACAGGAAACACAUUCUCGUGUGGCUUCAGUGCCCCCCAGGUCACGUCAAGGGGGUGUGGUAGCCCCAUCCACUAACCCUAACCCAGUAAUACCAAGUGCGUUGCAGAUCGCUAUUCUAUCAAAGUUAAAUGCAACGGCCAGAGAUCAUAGACAGACUUCAGGUGAACAUUUGGUGUUAAAACUUCCACUUGUGAUAAACAAUGACAAUGCAGAGGUGAAGUCGCUGACCAGUCAAACUGCUAUGGUCAGUCCAGCCUCUGUGACCAGUACAGACAGUGUAGAGUUUACCCAGUCUACUGUGGAAAAACUUCUUCAACCUCCUUACAACAGUAAUAAAUUUGACUCCUUGGAUUCUGCGCUUCCUCUAAAGAAACGAAAGUUACUGAGUUAUUUAAACAUUGACACAACUGUUAACGAGGAAAGUGUUCCUAUGGAAACGAGUCAAGAAACCAAACUGGAACAAGCUGGUGAUGUUAUAGACCUUACUAAGGUUAAAGUUGAACCAGAAUCUACUCUACGGCAGCAAGUCCAAGCUGCACCUCCUUCUGUCCCCACUGUCCCAGAAGUCCCUAUCAAUGUGACCCCAGUGACCUCAGCGACCUUGAACCCUGUUAGUGUUGACCCCCGUACAAGUCUUAUGCUUCUAACAGAGAUGCAGGUGGCUCUUCAACAGGAUGAAGACGGUGACUUACCUCUACAUAUUGCUGUGGCUCAGGAGAACAUUGUCAUGGUCCAGAAGUUUGUCCAUCUGAUGUCCAUCUCUGGGAAGAGUGUGGACAAGUAUAACAAAGCUCAACAGACCCCACUCCACUUGGCAGUUGAGUUGGACUUUGUUGAUGCAGUGAAGACUCUGCUGUUCGCCAAAGCAAACCCUAACCUAGUCAACAAGCGUGGGGAGAAUGCAGUCCACCUGGCUGUUAAGGUCCAGUCCUCAGCCUGUCUAAAAUACAUGAUACAACACUCUCAGAACAAGACCGACCUGAACACCAGGAACUUUGAAGGGUUAGCUCCCCUUCACACAGCAGUUGAAAGGAAUGACAUCAUGAUUGUUGAUAUGUUACUUCGAGCCGGAGCUGAUAUCAACAUUCUGGAUGGUAAAAGUGGGAAAACACCCCUGUUUUACUCAGUAGAACAUAACUACCUGCCAAUGGUCGAGUUUCUUCAGGUAAAUGGCGCCAACGUGGAUCUAGCAAAUUAUGCUGGCAUCACGGUUGUCAUGGCAGCCCAGGCGCGUGGUUUCCAGGAGGCUGCUACUUUACUACUGAAGGGAAUGGAUUCCCAGGCUUACCAUGAGCUCAAGGACAUGACUCCAACCAAAAAGAUUCCUAUUCCUAGAAUUCCAAGCAAAUCUCAUCUGAUAAUUGGCAGUGAUAACUUGAACACGUCCGGCCCCAAAACAUUUAGAUUGACUGAUCAGAACACUGACUCCAAUUCAAGCGAGUCUUUGUCAUCCGUGAGGCCAUACCAUGGGGCAAUUGCCCGAUGUUUAGGAAGUGAACCUUUGGCUGUUCCUGACUUCAAUAACAUUAAGAAGGAGAUGAACAGCGAUAGUAGAUUCUCUGGAUAUCAACUGAUCAAUGUCGUUCCUACAAACAUGCUUAAUGGCCUUGACCAAUCUGACCACAUGAUACCACAAUCUCAAAGUCGACCUGAAAAUAACUCGUCCGAACUUCCCCGAAAGGUUUCCCCUGCCACGGUGCCCCACAGUGUUUCAAGACAAGGUUUUGAAUCUAAUGGAUCUACCCCUUCCCCUCACCGUGAUAUAAAGCACAUCCCAGAUGACAUUCAUCACGCCCAACCCCCUAAAAGCUAUGGACAUACCCAUCAAAACCAAACAGAAUCCCGUUUGAUUCGAGCCAUUCACCCUCAGAGCGAAGUUCAGACCCCUGCAAGCCAAGCCCAAUCCCUUACAAGCCAAGUCCAAUCAUCUCAACAUAGCCAUACACCUUCCCUUCAGAGCUCAGUCCUAACCCUACCUCUGCAUCACAACUUUAUUCAUAAUAAGACUGCUAUGGUAGAUCCCCAACCAGGGGAUAGUAAUCAACCUCGUCGUGAACAUUUUCCCCGUAAUGAAAGGCACUCGCAUUAUCACAAAGAAAGUUCCCCUCACCCCAGGGACAGUUCUCCUCGCCCAAAGGAGAGUUCAGUCCACCCAAUGAACAUUUCCUCUCACCCCAGAGAGAGUUCCCAAUACCCAGUGAAUAGUUCCCCAAAUCAGUUGAAUAAUUCUCAAAACCUUGUGAAUACUUCCCCUGACUUUAUUAACAGCACUUCGAAAGCCAUGAACAGUUCUCUCCAUCCUGGUGGUAACUAUCACCUAAAAGACAAUUCCGAUCAGUCUCGAGGUAGUUCCCCACACCAGAGGGACAGUUCUCCACACCGUGCUAACCAACAAAGGAGACUUGUUAAAGUGAGCGCAAGUGGAAAAAUGCAUGUGGAGAAAGCAGGGUCAGGAUCAAAAGGUCAAAGUUCGGGGUCAUCCAAGGGGUCAAUGCCAUCUUCUCAGAUGUAUCACUUGACCAACAUCUCUAAGUCAACUGCGUCCAUACUUGCAGCAAAACUCCAGGGAAUUUAUACAUCAAAAGCAGGCCAGGCCAGUCGUCCUCUCAAUCUGAGCACAAGCAUACCGGACAGUGUUAAUGCAAAAGUGAAGGAGGAAACAUAAUGGAAGGGACAAAUAUGUCUUG